CGGCGCUGUCCAUCUUUAAAUACACGUCUUCGUAGAGUCCAAACUCAUUGGGCCCUUGACGAAGUAGCUAGUGGCGAUAUGAGCAUGUUUCCUUCUCUCUGACACAAAUGGAGUACUCCGAGAGCGCUCCAUCGUCGGAGCGCCUGGCGGUGCCGGGCGGAGGCAUGACGCAACCCUCAACCACCUCCGGUCAGCUGCCGGAGUCAUCCAGGUCCCCGAAGCACCAGAAUCACCUGGCCAAGUCUCCAGGGAGACGGCGGAAGGCGACCAGGACGCAGCGACCGGGGUGUAGUCAUGAACAGCUGCACGGGGAGAUUGAGCGGCGGAGGUUGCCAGGCCAACGCGAGCACUUGGAGCCCUCCGGCUCGGCGAGUGACACAGCUGAAAGCUCUCCUAAGAGGAGAGCCCACUUUCUACAUGGACCGUAUCCAGCCACUCACUUUGGACCCAAAGCCUGUAUCCUGCCCAACCCAACUUCAGUCAUGCACAUCCAGGACCCAGCCAGCCAGCGGCUCACCUGGAAUAAACCGCCUGUCAACGUGCUUGUCAUCAGGAAAAUCCGAGAUGAGACCCUCGUCGAGCCGUUCAAAGAGCUCUGCAGGUUUCUAGUGGAGGAGAAGCAGAUGAUGGUGUACGUGGAGCGCAGGGUGGCAGACGACGCCUCGCUGUCCAAGGACGAGGCCUUUGGUUCCAUACGCAACCAGCUGUGCACCUUCAGAGAGGGUUACGAUGAUAUCUCUGAGUGCAUAGACCUGAUCAUCUGUCUGGGGGGGGACGGGACUCUGCUCUACGCCUCCUCUCUCUUCCAGGGCAGCGUCCCGCCGGUUAUGGCGUUCCACCUCGGAUCCCUGGGUUUCCUGACGCCCUUCAAAUUUGAGUCCUACAAGACGGAAGUGGCCAAAGUGUUUGAAGGCAACGCGGCCAUCACUCUGCGCAGUCGUCUUAAGGUGAAGGUGGUGAAGGACAUGCUUCAGAGAAGCGGCCGGCCGCCUCACAGCCCAGAGCCGCCGCCGCCGGAACACAACCGGCCUCUUCCUCACGGACACACCAACAACGAGGCCGGGAAGGUCACCCUGCAGCUCCAGGUGUUGAAUGAGGUGGUGGUGGACCGAGGCCCGUCCUCCUACCUGUCCAACGUGGACUUAUACCUCGAUGGCCGGCUCAUCACCUCUGUGCAGGGAGACGGUGUGAUCGUGUCCACUCCCACAGGCAGCACGGCGUAUGCGGCCGCAGCAGGGGCCUCCAUGAUCCACCCCAAUGUACCCGCCAUCAUGGUCACCCCCAUCUGCCCACACUCACUCUCCUUCCGGCCCAUCGUCGUCCCUGCCGGGGUGGAGCUCAUGAUCACCUUGUCCCCCGACGCCAGGAACACGGCCUGGGUGUCGUUUGACGGCAGGAAGAGGCAGGAGAUCCAGCACGGAGACUGGUGGAGAUCUCUCGCCGUCGCUUCCAUCAUGUCGAAUUUAUUUUCCUCUCCUCUAUUUUUAGGAUUAAUUAGCCUUUUUGCUUUUUCUCUCGAAAACAGCAUCAAGAUAACGACAUCCUGUUACCCGGUGCCCUCCAUCUGCUGCCACGACCUCGUGUACGACUGGUUCGAAAGCCUGGCUCAGUGUUUGCACUGGAACGUGCGCAAGAGGCAGGCGCGGCUGGAAGAUGCCUCCGACUCGUCGGACGCCGGGAGCUGAAGCCGCCGCCGCCGCUUCUCGUGGCCGCGUUGGACUCGACGCAUAAACACCGGACCGUGAGCCCGUAUGACGACGGAGUCAGCUGAUGAAUCGCAUGCUUAUGCACAUUCUGAGAUGAGUAUUUCAUCCACUCGAGAAAGCAUCUCAUUGCAUUAGAGCGCAAAAACAAUCUGCUGUCGUGUCUGUAUUUUACACGGAGGAAGCAUGGUUCUCUCCCAGAAAUGGGAAAAACAACAUAAUUGUUACUUAAAUGACUACAAUAUUUUCAUAUUACGAAAGAAUAUUGGGUUGUCUUGAGAUGGAACACUUCAUCAAUAUGAUGCUCAGUGUGUAAGAUAUAGGCUGUACUGUCAAACUCUGGGGUUAUAACAGUGUUAAUGUAAAUGUGUACAUGUAAAGGAUAAAUGUAUUUCAUGUCAUAUUUAUUUAGAUGGAAGCUUGACGAAUACUGCAAACUGAAUUGAGUGAUUGUUCUGGACGAACGUCGGAGGAGAAGCUGGGAAGGAGGAUUUAUUCAUUGGAUCUGUUUCUUUUCCCCGAUUGCUUUCUUCUUUAAUUCUACAGGUCAAGAUUUCACGAUGUAGAACAAAACUAAAUAGAACAAGUUGGAGAAACUUCCAGCGCUCGUGGUAUUAUCAUGAUCACUAAACUGUGAAGGGAAGUAGUGCGAAAAUAAAGUGUAAAUAUUCA